AAUUGAGUUGGAGUGAUAUACUCCUCGCCAUUUUAUGUGUUCUGCUCUUCAUCUUCUUCUCCUGAAAUUCUCUCCAUUUUCUUUGAUAAAAAAAAAAUACAACAUGCAAACUCCUCUGACCAAAAAUGCAUCAAAGAUGCUAUGAUGAUGAAGGUUAACUUUAGGUCCUUCAAUCUUUGAAAGUGGUUGACAAAAAGAUGCAACCAAUUUGUUAAGGCAAAAGAGAGUAUAUGAAGCUGUGAAGUUGUGAAGUUGAAGGUUAACUUAACGUCCUUCAAUCUUCUUGAGGCAGAAGAUUAUGUUGUUGGUAUGGGUGGUGUUUUAUGUUACAGCAUUAGUCCAGAAAAGGCAAGGAUGGCUUGUGAAGAUGCAGAUUGGGACCAAGAGAUUACUCAACAUUGCAUCAAGUCAUUUUCAUGACCGAGGAGCCAAAUCUUUAGCCCAAGGAAGCUGUAGAAGAUGUGGAAGAUGAUGAAGCAGCACUUUGAGGAGAAAUGUUGGAGCUGUGGUGUUCAAGCUGCAAAAGUAGGAGCAAAUGAAGAACGGAGAGCUGCACAGCUCAAAAGCAGCAAAGUGCAGCAAGCUAAGCUGUAGAAUGUUGAUGAAAGGAAGCCGAAUGAACAGCAGAUGAAAUGCAAAUGCAUCUGAAAUGAAAGGCUACAUAGCUGCCAAAGGACGCAACAAUGUGACAGAAAUGGCUAUUACAUAUUUCAAAUUUCAAAUGUAUUUUAUUGUUGUUUUUUAAUGUAAAAUAGCUGUUUGAUUUAUGAAUUUUAAAUUGAGUUUGUAUUCUCUUAUAAAUAGGAGUAAAAGCA